AUGGACAUUCUGUUGUGGACUAUUCGUACAUCCACCGACAGUCAAGAGCGCAAGAAAGCAGCAUCGAAACUGCGACAGCUGCAGGAAGACAGUCCAGAGGAGUUUCUCUCCUUCACAUGGAAUGGUAUCGCCUCCCCGACGUUGGCAACAGAAGAACGUUUCUUUCUUGCCUCAACGGUGCUGGAGUUUGUUGAGCAAUCGUGGCGUAAUGGUGUUCCAAAAGGGCUGCAGCAGCUUACGAUUGACCGCUAUACUCAGCUUGUGCUUAGCGAAACUUUUCCCACCUUGUCGCUAGCUCGGAAAGUGGCUACGUUCCUAAGCAUUAUGACUACGCGUAGCAAAGAAAAAGUUAUGCCGGGCGCAUUGACGUCACCAACGGAGCGCAUCGUGGGGUUACUGUCCGAUGCUUCCGUUUGGGCUGCAUCUUUUGUGACGGCUGCCUCAACGGGAUUUUUAACACAAUGUCUUUUAACUUUGCAUGUUUUCCUGAAGGAAUUGCGGAGGAAGCGUUUCUGCGGUGUUUUUUCAAAAUUGUGUACUCUUCUUGUCCCUGCCAUGUCCAAGCUUUUUGCCGCCAGCGCAUCGUGGGAUCACGGCGAAUUUUACAUGCCCCUGUUGUACCUUAUGAAGUGUGCUUUGCGUAUUUUUGGUUAUGGCGUGUUUGAACGAGACUUCCACACGUAUUUUCUUAAAAUAACGUGGGAACUCACACGUGCCGUAAUGACACCGGAGCAGCAUCAACAACAGGAUCAUCAAUUACUGCAGUGCCGCCAACGUUUGUUGGAGUACGCUCUGAAGGUCCACCUGAAGGCGGUGGAAACUUUUUCUUCAAGUCUGAGUGAACUUUCGCCGGAAUUUUUCUUGCCACGAACAAGUAGUGUGGAUGAUACUGUAUCUCUCUUUGGCCUUCUUGUUGCCAUUAUUGGGACCCCGCUGGAAUAUACCGCAUCGGAAAAGAUGGUAUUACGAUCCAUGGAUAUCUUUAAAAAAAGCGCAAUGAAUGAGGAAGCCGUACCCUUUGUAAAAGAGCAGUUGAAAGCACUCGUGGAUUCCCCGCUGUUGCAUCGUCUUUUGGAGCGGGUGACUUUGCUGCUCGCAGAUGACGUGCAAGAGUCCACGCUUCGGGAGUGGGAAGCAAACCCAGAGCGGUUUGUUUUGGGUUUAACUGAAUUUGUGGGCGCUGACGACUGUGUGGAGUUCGGCGCAGAGGAGUUGCUGCUUUCCCUGACAGAGUCAAGGGACUAUGCUGCACGAUGUCUUGAGGUGGAGUGGCAAGUUGUGAAUGCCUUUUUGGCAAGUAAUGAUCUUGCCCGUAUUACAGCAGCAUUGCAUGCUAUUGGAGUAUGUUACUACACCAUGUCCGUUGAUGCGGAUCCGGCGGGUUAUGUUACCUUUUUGACAGAGAAACUUCUUCCCCUUAUUCGUGGUGAAGUUGUUUCCCCCACUUCGCCAUUUAUAAUACGACGUGUAGUUUGGAUGAUAGGUAUGUGGUGUGGAUCGGUGCAAGAUACUUUUCUACGACGCCAGGUUCAUGUUGCGUUUGGGUCUUUAUUGGUUUCUUCAACCUCCACCGCAGUGUUAUUGAACUUGCUGUCCACUAUUAUUCAAUUUAUUAAUGAUUCAAACUUUAAGCCUGAGGAGCUUCCAGUGGACUACGUGCACAACUUGUUAUUGACAAUUCAACAUCUUCUUCCGCAGAUGCGUACUUCUUCUGGAGCGAAUAUUUCAGCAGAACUUGUGCAAGGAUUAGUUUCACGUGAAGUUUUUAAUUCCUCUAAUGGUGAGGUUCUUUUGGAUGUGGUACUUCCUGCCGUGUAUCGAUUUACAAAUGAAGCCAACGCCAUUAUGAAGGCAGAUAAGAAAGAUGACGACGACGACGACGACGAAGACGACUCGGAAGUGGAUUUGGGUUCCUUGAUGGUCUUGCUCCAAUGCGCCGCUGCAUGCACAAAACUCUCCACCCCAGCGACGGAACAUCGUGUAUGGACUUUGUUUCCUGAUGUCGUUGUUCCUUGCACUCUUCCUGGCGGUCAAUUGGCGCUCGUGGUGGAGGAUAACGCGUGGGAAUUACUCUUGGAAAUGUGUAGUGCGGUCCAUGCAUGGAAUCCGGUCACGCGUGAUGCUCUUGCGUGGUGCUUUGAAAACAUGAAGCGUGACGUUGCGGUUCUGCCUAUGGUAUUGCGCUGUGCAUCUCGUCUGCUGCUGCUUUGCCCGGAUAUUUUGGAGUUUGUUUCUGCCGAGCUGGUAGAUCAUGCGCUGGAAUUGCUGGUACGGGACCAAUGCAAUGAACUUCUUACGGCAGUUUUUGCACUGCUGGCGGUGAUGGUGAGACGGGGCAACACAGCAUUGCAGUGCCAUUUGCUGGAUUCUACGAUUGAGCUUCUUCUUUCCGAGGAGUCUGUGCAGUUAAAUAAGUACUGCAUACAUUUGGCGCUGCUUGUCACCUGGUGCUUGCCACCAUACGGGGAGGCUGCUGUUCUUGACGCCCUUGUGCAGGACAUUGGGCGUUACCCCAAUGCGGAGUCUUUUUCUGAGCGUAUUGUGCUGCUGCUCGAUGUGUCACCAAGUAAUUUGGUGACGGAGGAAUUGAAGGCCCUGCUGCGCCUGCUACUAACAGAACGACUGCGACCGCUUUUGGCUGCCGAUGACUUGACGAUGGUGCAACACGCUUUAGAGGGAACCUCAAUGUCACUGCAGCAUGAGGGCCGGGAAGACGACAUGCCUGAGACCGAGCGUGAUUCGGCAGAGAUGCUCCUAGAGUUGGUUGGGGAUGAAGGUGAACCGCAGGGGUCACCGCACAUGGUGCGACUUUUCACUCUUUUUGGAGUUAACCUAAACCGUCCAUUUCUUCCUUCAUAUUGA